AUGUCCGGUUUCUUCUUUCGAUCUUUGCGUUUGUACAAAGCCCCAAAGUUUAGUCGCUUCACUCGUACAUUUCACAGCACUCCUUUCAUCAUGUCGGAUAUCUCAGUGCAAUUGACCGCCCCCAAUGGGCGCAGCUACACCCAGCCCAUCGGUCUCUUCAUCAACAACGAAUUUGUUGCGGCCAAGUCGGGCGAGAAGUUCGCUACCGUGAACCCUUCUGAUGAGUCUGAGAUUACGUCAGUGUACGCUGCCGGCGAGGAGGAUGUCGACAUCGCCGUCAAGGCUGCCCGCAAGGCCCUGAAGGACCCUUCUUGGAAGCAGCUGCCCGCUACAGACCGCGGUGUCUUGAUGCUCAAGCUGGCCGAUUUGAUUGAGCAGCACAAGGAGACUUUGGCCACCAUUGAGACUUGGGACAACGGCAAGCCCUACCAGGUCUCAUUGAACGACGAUAUUGGUGAAGUCACCAACACUCUUCGUUACUAUGCCGGCUGGGCCGACAAAGUGUACGGCCAGACCAUUGGCACCACCCCGGCUAAGUUCGCCUACACCCUCCGCCAGCCCAUUGGUGUUGUUGGCCAGAUUAUUCCAUGGAACUUCCCCCUUGCCAUGGCAGCUUGGAAGCUGGGCCCUGCUCUUGCAUGUGGUAACACUAUUGUGUUGAAGCCCGCUGAGCAGACUCCCCUCAGUAUUCUGUACCUGGCAGGUUUGAUUAAAGAGGCUGGAUUCCCUCCUGGUGUGAUCAACGUUGUGAACGGUCAUGGUCGCGUUGCAGGCGGUGCCUUGGUUAACCACCCCGGUGUCGACAAGGUCGCCUUCACUGGUUCUACCCUUACUGGCCGCGAGAUCAUGAAGAUGGCCGCCGGCACCCUGAAGAAUGUCACUCUUGAGACUGGUGGCAAAUCACCACUUGUUGUCUUCGAGGAUGCAGACCUCGAGCAGGCCGCCAAGUGGGCACACAUUGGUAUCAUGUACAACCAAGGCCAAGUUUGCACUGCAACCUCGCGUAUUCUCGUCCACGAGUCCGUGUACGAGAAGUUUGUUGAGCUCUUCAAGGAGGUGGUUCGCACUACUAGCAAGGUCGGUGACCCCUUCUCCGACGACACCUUCCAGGGCCCCCAGGUCACCAAGGCUCAAUACGACCGUGUCCUCUCCUAUAUCGAGGCCGGCAAGUCCGAGGGCGCAACUCUCGCAUCCGGCGGUGUGCCACACAAGAACGUCGGUGAUGGCCGUGGCUUCUUCAUCGAGCCCACCAUUUUCACCAACGUCAAGGACAACAUGCGUAUCUACCGCGAGGAGGUCUUCGGACCUUUCGUUGCUAUUGCCAGCUUCACCACCGAAGACGAGGCUGUCACCCGUGCCAACGACACCACCUACGGACUGGGUGCCGCUCUUUUCACCCGCGACAUCGAGCGCGCACACCGCGUCGCCUCCGAUAUUGAGGCUGGUAUGGUCUGGAUCAACAGCAGCAAUGACAGCGACUUCCGUGUACCUUUCGGCGGUGUCAAGCAGAGCGGCAUUGGUCGCGAACUGGGCGAGGCUGGUUUGGAUGCUUACUCGCAGGUCAAGGCUGUUCACGUCAACAUGGGCACUAAGCUUUAA